AUGUUCAUCCGUCCCGCCCUCUCGUCAUCGCUUGGCCAGGCCGCUCGCUCGAGCCUUCGCUCUCAGGCACCCGCCGCGCGUUCCUACGCUACCGAGGCUGGCAAGCCCUCGGGAGGCUCGAACCUCCCUCUGAUCCUCGGUCUCGGCGGUAUUGCUGGUCUCGGCGCAUGGUACAGCCUCGGUGGCUUCGAUGACCCCAAGGCGGCCAAGAGCAAGAUCCAGGAGAAGGGCAAGGAGGCCGCCGACAAGGCUAAGGGUGCGGUCGACCAAGCCAAGGGCGCUGUGGACUCGGCCAAGGGCGCCGUCGGCAGUGGUGCUCUCAACAAGGACAAGUUCCUCGAGUUCACCCUCAAAGAGAUCAAGCCUUACAACCAUGACUCGGCGACGCUCGUCUUUGAGCUGCCCGACGGACAGAAGCCCGGUAUGAGCACUGCCUCGGCUGUCGUUGUCAAGGCCGUCGGCGACGCCGUCAAGGACGAUCAGGGCAAGGACGUGAUUCGACCCUACACUCCCAUCACCUCGCCCGACACCGCCGGUCACAUGGACUUCCUGAUCAAGAAGUACCCUGGCGGUAAGAUGACCACGCACAUGCACUCGAUGAAGCCCGGUGACAAGCUCGGCAUCAAGGGCCCCAUCGCCAAGUUCCCCUACAAGGCCAACGAGUUUGAGUCGAUCGGAAUGAUCGCCGGUGGCUCCGGCAUCACGCCCAUGUGGCAGGUGAUGCAGGACAUUGCCAACGACCCGUCGGACAAGACCAAGGUUACGCUCAUUUACACUAACAAGACGGAACAGGACAUCCUGCUGCGCGAAGAGUUCGACAAGCUCGCCAAGGACGGCCGUUUCAACAUCGUCUACGGCCUCGACAAGCUGCCCAAGGGCUUCAAGGGCUUCGAGGGCUACCUGACCGAGGACCUGGCCACCAAGCACCUGCCCAAGGCCGAGCUCGCCAACAAGACCAAGAUCUUUGUUUGCGGCCCUCCCCCUCAGGUUGAGGCCAUCAGCGGAGGAAAGGGGCCCAAGGGCAGCCAGGGUGAGCUCAAGGGUCUUCUUGCCAAGCUUGGCUACCAGGCCGAACAGGUGUACAAAUUCUAG